UUAAAUUCCUAUUCAUUUGCAAAGCCACUCUGAAAGCAGGAGGAAUAAGAUCUAUUUUCAUACCUGCUCAAAAGGUAAGAAAAACAGGUUUUUAGAGCUUCAGAAAACAACAGAAGAGAAAAUCUUUUUAAUUGUAAUUGAAAUUUAAAAGAAGAUCAAGCGUUCAAAGGGUAUUGGGCACAUUGUGAUUAGUGAGAUAGACAUUCUCUCUGAAACAGGUUAAGGAAAGGCAAAUCUAUUUCUGAGCAAUAGCAGAUUAAAAGAAAUUGGACUCAGUUUUUGAAAGGACUUCUGUAACUCAAACAUUCCCAAAAUAUUUACCUGGACAAAUGUUAGUCUUUCCUUGCCCUAUUCCACUCAGGAAAAUUCCUAAUAGAAUAAUAAUGAAACUGUAAAAGUCUUAUUUAUUUGCAGAUUUGUUUCUUGUACAGAAAACGGAGAGAUAAUCAUUUCGUACCUGCAGGGAUUCCAGCAAGACUAUUUCUCUCACAGAAGAGGAGCCAGGAAAGUGGCAUCCUACAAAAUAAUGAAAAGCUUAUCUUGUGCACAGCUUGAACAAAGGCUUACCGGAAACUUCUCAUUUCAAAUUUUCUGGGUGUUCCUAAAGUUUGUCUCUGUACACUAUGCUUACUAUUGGACAGUCAAGCCAGACUCCACUCCGGAAUGUCAUAGGCCUUGAGAUCUCUGUCUAUUAUGGGCCAAAUUCUCAGCUGAUGUAGAUCAGCACAGUUGCAUUGCAGUAUAUGAGCCAAAGGCUUCUUACACAAACUGAGGUUUUGUCCCCGUAAUCCUUGAGAAAUUCCAAGUUUCAGGGCCUGAUUCUAGCAUUCAUUUGUGGUUUAUUUUAACAGCUACUUGCUCUUUGGAAGUUCUUCCAUCCCCUUCUUGCCUGCUUUAUCUAUCCUAACAAUUAAAGCAGUGGGUAUAAUUCUCUAUGCCUCGCUUUCAUUCUUGCAGUUAUGCCAGCGUCAUGGAAUGGAGAUAGAGCAGUUGCACUUAGUUAUGUCUUUCAUUUGGGAACAUAAGAGUCAUUUAUAAACACUUAAUAAUCCUCACAAUCAUCCUAAUAAAUAGAUGAGAGCAGCGAAGAAAAUAUAUUCAUCAUCAUUCAGAGUCAGCCGCCUCAUAAAGUAGAGUGCCGUUGCCACUUUAACAUUGCACAAAACCUUCAAAAUAGCUUUGUAAAGGAUGUUAAAAAAUAACAUAAGUAUUUGAAACUGCAAGAACAGUUUAUUCUGGCACAAUAAAACCAGUUGAUAUGGAAUGUGACCAGGACAUUUGGUUAACACCCGAAUUUGAACCAAAAAGUCUGGUUUUACUGCUUAUUGAAAGAAACUCACCUAAGCAAGGAGCAAUUUGACAGGGUUGACAGGUUUCUGUUUCUACCAUUAUAAAUCUAUACUCCUUUGCAGCUCAUGUCCUUUGGUGGGAAAAACAGCUCCCAUUUUUACAAGGGUCUAUUUGGAUCAGGCAGGCAGUUUGAUCCGUAAAUCUGUCUCACUCCCCAGCAGGUAAUCAUCAUUCCAAACAAAUGACUAGAAGAUGCCAGCAAGCCCAUCUAGAAAACAGACACAGAAAUGUAGUGCUGUGAAGCAUCCUACCUAUGCAAGCAGUAUUUGGAUUUAGGCAGUAGUUAUGAACCAGAAGGUCAACAUCGUAGUAAUUACACUGGUGUGCCAGGAAGGCCGUGGAUCACAUUUGUGCGUUUCCCGGAAGGCUAAACUCUCUUCAGAACAGCUACAAAUGCUUAAAUAUGAAGUAGGAGGAGUAAAACACGUCAAAAGCAAUAGUAUUGCUAUGGAUACUGAAAGGUCUUAGUGAAAAGCACUUUCAAAUGCAAGCUUAAAUAGGAUAGUGUGGCAGCAUGUUCAGAGUGGAGUUUCAUCUUUAAUUUGGACGGACAUUAGUCAGGCUGUCUAUUAAUAUCGCCAUUCCCUAGCUGUUGCUUAACACUGGGCUAGGUUUUUUGCAGUACGCUGGUGAUUUUUCAUGCUUUGAAUUAAAUAGUUAGGCUAGAUUCUGCUGCAUUUCAUAUGUGUAAAUCCCAUUACAGAUGCCGAUAGUUUUGUAUGGAGACAAACAGCAAUAGUUUUCAAAUUGUGCCUCAUGAGCAACUCAGUUUCUCCCUAAUAUUUCGCAGAAUGAACCUUUUGGGAAGAAAGCAAUUUGCAAAAUUGUAAAGGGAGAUAGAGGCUCUCUGGAGAUCUGUCUUUUACAGAAUGUUCUACAAGAUUAAAUGCUGGUGAACAGCUUAGUUUCAGAGUUCAGGGUGUAGAGUUUCCUUAGGAGCUCUGCUGACCCACACUCGUGUGUUCCUUAUUACUCUAAAAAAAUGCGCAGAGGAAACAAAAUUGAAAAAGUUGAAAUUAAGUAGCCUGUAGGGUGAGCCUCCACCUAGUUUUCAACAGCUACUGAAAAGAAGAAGAUGAAAUGGUAAUUCAGGAUAGCAGAAAAAGGGGAAAAGGUGUGUAGAUACAGACAUCUCAUUCCCAGGCAUCUGGUACUUUGCGUGGUUUGCUUCCUGAAUCUCAUGUCCACUGGAGUUCCUGGGGCCAUGGAAGGGAACCUUAACAGAAAUAAUGACAUUGGGGUAAGAGGAAUCCAGUGGUUACAACUAGGGGACAAGACUUCUGAGCACUGUUCUCCUCUUGAUUUCUAACUCACUAAGUGACCUGGAAUUAAUCAUUUCUCAGUUUCUCAGUGUCUCAGUUUCUUCUUCCAUAAAAGAGGAACACAGUUAUUUAGUUGCUCUGUCUCCAAGGGCUGUUGCGAUACAUAAUUAAUCUUUAUAAAUCAUUUACUAAUCUUUGAAGUAAAGGGGCUGUAUUUAUUUAAGAGUGCAAAGCAGCAGAAUUAAAAAAAGGAACACAGAGAAAUAUCUAUUCGUUAUUUCCUAACUGUAGAUUUGCUUCCUGUGUCACCUGUUAGGACACUGCUGUAUCUUUUGGCAUUAUAACAGAUACUACUUUUUUUCUAUGUCACAGUGAAUGAAGUAUGGCUGCUCAGCCAGAAGCAGCAGCCCAAAUUCCAGGUCUAAAACUCCCCAAACGUGGAGAUAAGAAUAUGACUGUCACAGAAAUGAAGACAAAUCAAAGGAGUGAUGAGCUGCUGUGUCUUAGCAAUUAUGCUCCAUGGAAAGAGUAUUUUUAUGAAAAGGUACAACAGAGAACUCUGAGUCUGCAGGAGACAAAGGUGAAGAUGAUUCAUGCACAAAAGGCAAAAGAAGAAGAGGUAAAAAAGAGAGAGCCCUGCGACUGGCUGUCCAAGGAGUGGUUCAGUAAAGAGAAAUACUCACUGGAUACUCGCACCUAUUUGCUUGACAGACUCCUACCUACAUUAAUCCCAGGGGUGGAAAAGCUGUUAAUGGAAGUGGAAAGAAGGAAGAUGCUUGCAACAGACAAAUACCCAAUCAAAUUUGACCCCAUUAAUUUUCUUGGAGAAUAUCUGAUGAGGCAUAACCCCCAGUCCGAUUUUUUUACAAAACCAGGCCCAUACGUGAGAGGAAUGAAGAUGGUCACAGAGGAGCUAAAAACUGAGGUGCCAGAUACAGCAUCAAACAGGCUGGCCAGGAUGAAGUUUGAGGCAAAGAGCAAACGUAAGCAAAGGGAGCAGGUGGAGAAUAUAAAGUCUCAAGUGAAAGAGAAGAGAAAGAAGGCUCUGGCAAUUCAGUUCAAAGAAUGGACAGUGGAUGUCAGCGGGAGAAUACCGAUUGCACUGGUUCAGAGUGCCCUGAGGUCAUUUCUGGAUGUCACUGCUUCAACUCCCUUAGGUGCAGGAAAAGCAGCCUAUGACAGGAAGCUGGAAAUCGUAGACACAUUGGAAAAAAAAGUAAACAUAGAUGAAUUCACAGAGUACAUCCAUUCCACCAUUGAAAACUUUCCAAGUGACAUGUUCCAAGACCUCCUGAAGCAUCUCUGUCAGUGUGCUGAUGACUUCCGAGAAACAAUAAGACAUGAUAUGUGGAGGCAAAUGUUUACUGAUCUCUUCCUAGACUGUGAUUAUGGAAAGGUUGGUCUCUUAAAUAGGCAAAUAGUACUUGCCCUACUGGAAGAGUUCUAUGACAGAAGCCCUGUGAUUGCCAAGAGGGGACUCUGUAACCCAAGACAAUGGCCAAUAGUUGAGCUGCAAGAGAUUGAGCUUGCAGAUCUAUGGGGAGGUCUUGACGACCAGGAAGUUUGUGAGGAAUUCAGUGAAAAGUCUGCGCUAUCUCAAACAGAAAUUUCUGAGGAACAGACUUUGGCAUACAAACCUGUAGGUGAUGGCACAUAUGGAAUGAGUGCUACUGUCAGAGAUGAUCCUUUUGAACAAAUGGACAUAAGUGAAGCUGGGACUAGAGAGAUUUCUAAGGAAGAAAACCAACCAGCAGCUGUGCUUCUGAAAACAGAACCAAGGGAUGCUGAGGUAAGAGAGGAAAGUGAGGAUCCUGCGUCAAUGAUGGAAAGCACUGAUUUUGAACCUAGUGAUUUGGAUGGAGAUACAAUCCUUAGUGAGAAAUCUACUUUCUGUGGAAACACCAGAACUGAGAAGCAAUUUGAAUCUGCAAGCGCAGACAGCCAGGAGGAAUCCUUCCCAAGAUCAGCCUUUACUGGAGACUAUGUCACUAGAGAUGGACAACCUGGAUCUGAAAAGCAGAUGGAGGAGGGCGAAUUCAGCCUGGGUAGAGAGUCAGUUCCAGAAACAAAUAUGGGAGAAGACUAUAUGAUCUUGGAUAGAGAACCUGGCACAGAAGGGCAAGUUAGGCAGGAGGAGGACGAUUGGAUUGCAGAGCCAACCAAAACAAUUCCAAGACCAAUACCUGAAGCUACAGGCAUGACCUCAGAAGAAGGAGCUGUGAUUGAGAAAGAAACUUCUGCAAGAAAAGAGAGUUUUUUUAAGCAGCAUGACAACCAAUUUGGAAGACGGGCAAGCUCAGAGGCAAGACAGCAGGCUGAGGACCUUUUGCAAGACCAGGAUAAAGGUCCAGCACUCUCAGACGGACAGGAAUGUCAAGCCAAAAUUAGCCAGGAGUUUGAAAAAGCAGAACAACUGAUAGAUGGGAUGCCAUGGUCAGGGGACCUUCUGACCUCUGACCUAAGUUUCAGGUAUAGCAGCUAUGGAGAGAGAAUUCCAGAGGACUGGAACAGUGAGAACUCUAGAUUUCCAGACUUGCGUCCAAUCAUGGCAGAGAUUCAGAGCCGUGGUACUUCUCAUGCUAUGAGUGCUUUUGAUGAAAGUUGCCUCAACCUGCCGCAGUUUGUCCAGCUCAUGGAGACAUUUGUUGGUAAAGGCACUUCUCUGUCUACCGUGAAGAGGCUUAUUGCAUUUAUCAAAGAAGAAUACAAACAGACAGAAGAGGAAAAGAUGGAACAACUGAAGAAGGUUCGCCUCAUCUCUCUCUUGGCCCGACGGAAACUGCUUUUGGAGGCACUUUUUGAAAAGUGGGACAACAACGGAUCUGGGUUUCUGGACCUGAAAGAGGUAGAUGCUGUUCUAAGCACAUUCAAAGAAGGAAUGGAAAAAAAGGCCUUGAGGAAUGCAAAGAAACACCUUUGCUCACGCUACCCACAGCCUAGCAGAAUGGAGAAGCUGUCCCCGCAGACAUUCCAGGCUUAUCUUGAAUUAGUGGUUUCUGAGUUAACUGAGAACGCGGAUGAAGUCAUUGAUAACAUAGUGGAGUUUCUGACCACAAGUGUGGAACAAAGUCAUAUGGAGGGUCUGCGACGCUUGGCCAGGAGAAAAUGGCUGCACAGUAUCCAGCAAGCAGCUGAGACCAGUGGAGCAAAAAUGGAACCAGUUUACAAAGCAGUGUUUAAGACCCUCUCCCAGGAUGCAGAAGCCCAUGGGGAUAACAAGAAGAUCAGUGCAUAUAUUGCCCUUUUGGAAGAGAACCAGGUCUCACCAGAGCGAGGACAGAUUCUCCUACACUGUGUGGCAUGUACUGCAGAUGAUGCCCCAUAUGUCCUAAACCAGAUACUUUACAGAGACAUGGAAGGAGUAAGCUUUGCAGCUGUUGAAGAGGGGAAACCAAUCCAUGUUCCAAAAGUUCAGCUCCAUGGAAACAUCCACUUCUGGAACUAUGACCGCCCAGUUGAGGAGAGAAGAGGUUCAUUCCUGGUACUGCCAUUGCAAGAUGCUCACUGGAGAGUCUUUGGAAUCCUAGCACUUGAUACACUUCGGGACAAGUGUGAGAAAACCAUCUUUCUGGCCCAUGAGAUCAGUUUCUAUCAGGGAGUUUCUCAUGCAUUCAGCAAAGCCUACCACCAUGUCUGCACACUGGAAAAUGUUCUGCAAGUGACGCUCACUGCUCUGGACUGGUUGUAUCCAAGAGCACCCAACAUCUCCACUGUUAUUGUAUAUAUGAUGGAGCCUGGCCAAGAUAAGACGUGUGACUAUGCUCUGCGGAAGAUGAUUACUACAGAUCAUACAGGGCAAAGAGAACUUCAUACCUCUCCUGUUCUUCUCCUCAGAAAAGAGAACCUUUUAAGAGAUUACCUGUUUAAAUGCACAGACAGUUCACAGGUCAUUGGCACAUACGUCUGUGGAGAAUACCACUUUGCAAUACCUCUCCGUGAUCUAUCAGGAAAAGCUCUUGGGGUAUUAGAUCUCAGUAUUGGGCAUCACCAGCAAUUACCACCCCAUGAACACAAAGACCUGCAGAAAAUGCUGAAGAUGGUCCAAGCUGCCUGCUCUGAGAUAUUGAAGAUGUCUUCAGGGGAAACAGAACCAAUCUAUGUACUGGAGGCAGAACACGCGGCAAGUUUGAGGCAUGCAGGGAUUCUUUUCCACCGGUUCAUGCUGCAGGACCUGCGUGAGUGUGUCCAGAAACUUGAAGCUGAGGACUUUGCUGAAAUAAAGAGCUAUGUAGAACCUCCAGCUCUGGUACAUAACAUAGUAACGGCUGUGCUGUUGCUCCUCUAUCCAAAGUGGAAAGGCUCUGAGAAGACUGAGAACUGGAGUCAGUGUAUACUGAAACUUGAUGACAAUUUGAUUCAGAAGAUUUACUGCUUUGAUCCAACUGCUGCAUCUGUGCAAGUUCAAGCAGAGGGGCUGCUGGACUGUAUCACCGGUAUACCUAGAGCAGAUGUGUGGAAGCACGGCUCAGUCCUGGUUGAGUACUUGUAUGACUGGGUAGGCACCUGCUUGUCACUAAUAGAGCUCACAGAGAGCCUUCGUGAAACCAAAGCUCCAUCUUCAGACACUUUGAUACCAAAUUCUAGAGCGACUCCAGUUAAAUCAUUCAUUUUUUCAUCUACCUCUAGUGAUUCUGAUAGUUAACAUUUUUUAUUAAAUUAACUGUUUUACAUUUGUUAUGCAUUGCUACUAAAUAUUUGUU